CGGGCUUCCUUCCGGUCCGCUGGCUCCGGAAGCUGCGGUCCGCUGGUUGGUCUCCAGUCACCAUGGCGCUGGCUGUCCUGCGAGUCCUGGAGCCCUUCCCGACGGAGACACCCCCGCUGGCCGUGCUGCUGCCCCCCGGGGGCCCAUGGCCAGCGGCGGGGCUGGGCCUAGUGCUGGCGCUGCGGCCUGCGAGCGAGGGCCCCACGGGGCCCGCCCUGCUAGUGGCGGCCCUGGAGGGACCGGCCCGGCGCUAGGCUGGGCGCUGCUGGGCGCCUCGCCCGGGCCGGGGUUCGGGCCUCGGAUCGGGCCGUUGCUAGUGAGACGCGGGGAGACCCUCCCGAUGCCGGGGCCGCGCGUCUUGGAGACGCGGCCGGCGCUGCAGGGGCUGCUGGGCCCCGGGACCCGGCUGGCCGUGACUGAGCUCCGCGGACGGCCCAGACUGGGCCCCGAGCCGGGGGACAGCAGCCGGCCCCCGCCCCCGCCUGUGGUGUCGUCCUUCGCUGCGUCCAGCGCGGCGCGGCAGCUCCAGGGAGCGCUGGGGGGCACCGGAGAUGCGCUGGGCGUGAGCCGGCCCUGCCUCCGCGGCCUCGGCCUUUUCCAGGGCGAGUGGGUGUGGGUGGCCCGGGCCGGAGAGUCUUCGGACACUGCCCAGCCGCACUUGGCCAAGGUGCAGGUCCUGGAGCCUCGCUGGGACCUCGCCGAGAGGCUGGGACCCAGCUCCGGGCAGCCGCGAGAGCAACUCGCCGAGCGUCUGGCGCUAGUGUCCGCCACACUGGCUUUUAAUCUCGGCUGUGACCCCCUGGAAGUGGGAGAGCUCAGAAUUGAGAGGUACACGGAAGGCUCCGUCAGCCCAGAAGACAAAAGAAGCUGCUCAUUGCUGCCCCAGCCUCCAUUUGCCAGAGAGUUACACAUCGAAAUUGUGUCCUCUCCCCACUACAGCACUAGUGGAAAUUAUGACCAGAUUCUUUAUCGGCACUUUCAGACACCCAGGGCGGUCCAGGAAGGCGAUGUCCUGUGUGUGCCAACGGCUGGGCAAGUAGAAACUCUGGAAGGAAGUCUGGAGAGACUGCCCAGGUGGCACGAGGUAUUUUUUAAAGUGAAGAAAACCAUCGGGGAUGCUCCAGGUGGGCCACCUGGUGCCUACUUAGCCGACACCACACACACCUCCUUGUACAUGGUGGGCUCCACCCUAAGCCCUGUGCCUGCCUGCCUUUCCGAAGGGCCUGGUCUCUGGAGCAGCUUAUCCCCUCCCGGCCUAGAGGCCUUGGUGACAGCACUCUGUGCUGCCCUGAAGCCUCGUCUGCAGCCGGGGGGCACCCUGCUGACAGGCACAAGCUGUGUCCUUCUGCGGGGCCCCCCGGGAAGUGGGAAGACCACUGCGGUAGCUGCUGCCUGCAGUCGCCUUGGACUGCACUUGUUGAAGGUGCCCUGCUCCAGCCUCUGUGCAGACAGCAGCGCGGCCACAGAGGCAAAGCUGCAGGCUGCCUUCUCCCGGGCCCGCACCUGCCGUCCUGCUGUCCUGCUGCUCACCGCUGUGGACCUGCUGGGCCGUGACCGCGACGGGCUGGGCGAGGACCCCCGGGUGGUGGCUGCACUAUGUCACCUCCUCCUCAGUGAGGAUCCCCCCAGCAGCUGCCCUCCACUGAUGGUUGUGGCCACCACAAGCCGGGCCCAGGACCUGCCCACCGACGUGCAGGCAGCAUUUCCCCACGAGCUGGAGGUGCCGGUGCUGUCCGAGGGCCAGCGGCUCUGCAUCCUGCGGGCCCUCACUGCCCACCUGCCCCUGGGCCAGGAGGUGAACCUGGCACAGCUGGCCCGGCGGUGUGCGGGGUUUGUGGCAGGGGACCUGUGCACCCUUCUGACCCACAGCAGCCGUGCUGCCUGUGCCAGGAUCAAGAGCUUGGGUUCAGGGGGCAGCCUGAGUGAGGAGGACGAGGCCGAGCUGUGUGCCGCCGGCUUCCCCCUCCUGGCCGAGGACUUCGGGCAGGCGCUGGAGCAGCUGCAGACAGCUCACUCCCAGGCUGUGGGGGCGCCCAAGAUCCCCUCCGUGUCCUGGCACGAUGUGGGUGGGCUGCAGGAGGUGAAGAGGGAGAUCCUGGAGACCAUCCAGCUCCCCCUGGAACACCCGGAGCUGCUGGGGCUGGGCCUGCGACGCUCCGGCCUUCUGCUCCAUGGCCCCCCAGGCACUGGAAAGACCCUGCUGGCCAAGGCGGUGGCCACAGAGUGCAGCCUGACCUUCCUCAGUGUGAAGGGGCCGGAGCUCAUCAACAUGUACGUGGGCCAGAGCGAGCAGAAUGUGCGGGAAGUGUUUUCCAGGGCCAGGGCGGCUGCCCCAUGCAUCAUCUUCUUUGAUGAGCUGGACUCCUUGGCUCCAAGCCGGGGACGAAGUGGAGACUCUGGAGGCGUGAUGGACAGGGUGGUGUCUCAGCUCCUGGCUGAGCUGGACGGGCUUCACAGCACCCAGGACGUGUUUGUGAUCGGGGCCACCAAUAGACCAGACCUUCUGGACCCUGCCCUCCUGCGGCCUGGCAGAUUCGACAAGUUGGUGUUCGUUGGAGCGAGCGAAGACCGGGCCUCCCAGCUACGUGUUCUGAGCGCCAUCACCCACAAGUUCAAGCUCGAGCCCUCAGUGAGCCUGGUGAAUGUGCUGGACCGCUGCCCUCCCCAGCUGACGGGAGCCGACCUCUACUCUCUCUGCUCUGAUGCCAUGACCUCCGCCCUCAAACGCAGGGUUCAUGAUCUGGAGGAAGGGCUGGAGCUCGGGAGCUCCACGCUGUUGCUCACCAUGGAGGACCUGCUACAGGCCGCUGCCCGGUUGCAGCCCUCCGUCAGCGAGCAGGAGCUGCUCCGGUACAAGCACAUCCAGUGCAAGUUUGCUGCCUGCUAGGAGCUGUCUGGUGCUAGGACCUACCCACCAUGACCAAAGGAGAUGCGCUGGAUGCAAGAGAUGUCAGGGCAUGUUCAAGGGUAUCUCCUGCUUUUUUCCACGCCAGCGGGAGACUGCCAGCUGCUCAGGAGGCCUAGUCCCAGGACAGCCCUGAGGCCUGUUUUGCAGCAGAAAAUAAAGUGUGUGCUGCCCCCUG